AUGGUCGUCGGCGCAUUCCCGCUGUCGGGCAAGAUUGCCGUCGUCACGGGCGCCGGCUCGGGCAUUAACCUGGCGUUUGCGAAACAGGCCGUCGAGCAGGGCGCGCGCGUCGUCGUUGCGGACCUGACGUUGACAGACGACGCCAAGGCGUUUGCGGCCGCCCACGAGAAGAGCGUCGUGUUUGCCAAGACGGACGUCACAAAGCGGGCGGACCUCGAGAACACGGUGGCGGUGGCCCAGUCGACCUUUGGCGACGUGCCGGACGUGUACAUUGCGGGCGCCGGCGUGUUCGAGCCGGACUGGUCGAGCUUCUGGGACGACACGGAGGACGACGGGUACAAGCAGGUCGAGGUCAACGUGAACCACCCGAUGAAGCUGUCGCGAAUUGCCAUCCGGAGCCUGGUCCGGCGCAAGAAGCCGGGCGUGAUCCUGGUGGUGGCGUCGCUCGCGGGCUACCAGGGCGCGUUUGCGUCGCCGCUCUACUGCGCGACCAAGCACGCCGUCGUGGGUUUUGCCUGCUUUUUCGUUAGAUGA